CCAGCUUCCGAUGUUUUUUGUGUUGCAGACAUUGGUUAAAGUCCGAGAAACCACCGAGGGUUGUCUUACAAAACUUGAAAGACAUUCGCGAAAACCCUCCAUCGCUAAAUGUUCUUGUGGCUACAGAAGUGUUUCAUGGAACAUAAGCAUCGAAACACCUCAGGUUGAAGUAAUAGAUGAUCCGGGUUUACCAGGACCGGACCUGCAAAUUCGGACACAUGUGAUGGAUGCCACAACUCAAAUCCAGACAGAGAGGAGCCAGUUGCUGGAUACAGAGUAUAGGAACAAGAUUCUUGAUGAUUUGCAUGAGGUAUUGUUGAAUUUCCUUCCUUGUAGUUGUUUUUGCUAUGGAUGGCUUGAUCCCGGUGAUAACUCCUUUUGUCGGGUGUCAGAUCAAAGCAUUUUUGAACCAGCGACUGGUAGAACUGAGCAAUGAAGAUACUAAGCAGUUGC